AUGCCGCCUGCCCCCGCCACCACGCUUGCCUCCUUCAACUCCCUCCUCGCGUCGCUUGCGCGCUCCGGCCGCCCCGCGCAGGCGCUCCGCACGUUCCGGGACAUGCUCGCGCGGGGCGUCCGGCCGGACCACUUCACCCUGCCCCCCGUGCUCCGCUCCUGCACGCUCACCGGCGCCGCGGGCCUAGCUUCCACCUCCCACGCGCUCGUCGUCAAGCUCGGCGCCCAGGAAAACCUCUUCGUGGCGUCUGCGCUCGUGCUCUGUUACGCGGGCCUGUCGAACCUCCCCGACGCGCGGAGGCUGUUCGACAGAAUGCUCGAGCGGGACGCGGUCCUGUGGACUUCCAUGCUGUCCGCCUACGCGCAGGGCGGGGAACCAGACGCGGCGCUGCGGUUCUUUGGUAGCAUGGUGGCAGCAGGGAUAGAGCUGGACGCGGUGGUCAUGGUCAGCUUGCUGCUCGCUUGUGGGCAGCUCGGGUGGCGCCGCCAUGGAAGAAGUGUGCACGCCUGCUGUUUCCGGAGGUUACUAGGGAUGCCACUGCCCCUCGGGAACGCACUUGUGGACAUGUAUGUCAAGUGUGGGGACUUUGCAUUCGCCGAGAGGGUGUUUGCUGGGAUGCCUAGACGGGAUGUUAUCUCGUGGAGUGCUCUGAUCCUUGGUCAUGGUUUGAAUGGGCAUUCUGAUGUUGCAUUGAGACUCUUCGAUAGAAUGGCAGCUGAAGGAAUCCAACCGAACUCAGUCACUUUUCUUGGGGCAUUGUCAGCUUGUGCACAUUCAGGCAUGGUGGACAAAGCGUAUGCAAUCUUCAAGGGGAUGAAACUGUGGGGUAUUGAGCCUGAACGGAAACACUACUCUUGUAUGGCUGACACGCUUGGGAGAGCAGGGCAUGUUGUUGAGGCUGUGAAGCUCAUAGAGGAAAUGCCUUUUGAGCCUGACGAGGCCAUGCUUGGAGGUGUACUGUCAGCCUGCCGAGUGCAUGGAGAAAUGGAGUCUGCUGAAUUGGUUUCAAAGAGAUUGAUGGACAUGUCUCCUGGAAAGAGUGGCUACUAUGUGAGCUUGGCAAACAUAUAUUCAAAUGCUGGGAGGUAUAGUGAUGCAGAGAGAAUAAGAGGCUUCAUGAAAGAAGUUAAAGUCAAUAAGCUUCCUGGAUAUAGUUCAGUUGAAUUAGAUGCUGAUAGGUUCCAUAUAACGAGCAAUUGA